AUGAUUGCCAAGAGGAGCUUAUAUUCAACUUCAUCUUUGUUUACAAGGGAGUUAUCGCGAAAGCGUUAUAAUCAAGUUCAAUGCGUUGUUAAUCAUCUACAAUGUUUUGCCAUUCUUCAGGUUCUCGCCGCUUUCGUCUUCACUGUCGCCACCGCCGUGGGACAGCUCGGCCCUCAAGGCCAGUUCAUUCUCAGGCGUCCUGGGACCGUCGUGGCAGCCGGUGCCGGCCCUGGCGCCUCCUCGCCCGAGCCCGUCUACCCGCCGCAGCCGUACAGUUUCGGCUACGACAACGUGGACGAGUACGGCACGCAGUCCUUCCACAAGGAGGAGAGCGACGCCAACAACGUGAAGACCGGAUCCUACGGCUACCGGGACGUGAACGGCACCUACCGGAAGGUGACCUACGUGGCCGACGCCGACGGCUUCCGGGCCACCGUCGACAUGAACGAGCCGGGAACCGUUACCGGCCACACCGCUGACGCCGUCUUCAGCUCCAAGCAGGGCCCCGUCCUGGGUGCAGCCAAGGCGGCCUCAGCUCCCGCCGCUGUCUACGCUGCGUCGGACCGGGCUCCGUUGUCUCGGGGACAGCCAACGCGCGUAUUUUUUACAAAUUGAUGCAGAAGCAAUGUUCGUCAUCUUGUUUGUGGAAAGUAAACGAUGAUUGUCCAAAGAAAGCACCACGCCUGUUCUGGUCAUUUGCACCUGCUUAAAAGAAGGUGUCUGGUGUAAUUACCGGAAGUUGCCCUUCGUUACUGGCUCGUACGCAUCAACUGGAUUGUGCCACGAGACGGCGAGGGGUGAUAAAUGAAUAGAUUCGAAAAAAAAAAAAGAAUCCUUUAAGGAUUGCUAAACAUGUUGCUUCUGUAGGAAAGUACAGGUAAGACGACAGAGCAGCGCCAUCCCUUUAAAGAUACUCUGUUCUACCUCCCCACCUCUCUAUUUGAGCUACAUAGUGCGGUUCACUGCUGCGUAAAGCAGUGUUGCUAUCGUAUCAUGUUUUGGACGAUGUCGCCUGGUCGUGGUCCAGAACACUCCAUUUUUAGCGAAAAAUCAAGGAUAGAUGACGAUGAUAAAUUGCUUAAAUUUUCUUUAUGUUUUAAUUAGAGGUGGGUGAAUCUCAACUUUAUUUGAAUACGGAUCGAAUAGGAAUAGUGACUAUCGAAUAUCGAAUUAGAUAUAGGAUAACCAAACGCAGGCGCAAUCCAUUAGGUAGGACUGACUAGUGCAGAAAUAAAAACAAGAAAUAACACAGCUAGCAAUCAGAGACAAAAUAUCAGUUUUAAUCACGAGGUCAGACAUAGUCGUAAAAAACUGCAGAAAUAGCAUCUCAACAUUUUCAGAGCCUACUUGCAAACACUAUUUGCCAGACUUACUGCCCGUUUAUAAAGAGCUUUCCAAGAACGCUAAAUAAAUGGCCGUAGAAAAGAAGUCACAAGUUUUUUUAAAAAAAGCUGUUCAAUGUUCCGUUGCAAGGAGGAUAUCUUUGUGUGCAGCGGAAAAGAUAUAGCUGCUACUUGAUCGUACAUUGCCAAAAAAAAAACACUAAAUCAAUGGUCAAUCUAAAUCAAUGGUAAAAAAAAAAUCAACGGUGGUCAAUUUGGCCGCGAAAUCAAAAAAAAAAUAUUCACCAUUCAAGCACUCCAUACAGGUGGUUAACUAGUGAAGUUGAAACGUGCGGCCCCGGUGUUUCUGACGGGUUCAUUAAACGGUUCAUUAAACGACGGCUUGGUAGGCCGCCGGAUCCUCGGAACGCAGUUGAUGCUUGCGCUCGGCUGCACGAGCCUGUUCUUUUGCCCGGGCUACAGCAUCGGCAUGGCGUAGACGAGCUCAUUCCCGGUUGUGCUCGCGGCGUGGCUGAUCGAAGGCUGCCUGCUCCUCAGAUGUACGUAGGACGCGUGGCCUAACCAUUUCGGAGCCGGAGAGAAACGGCAGCGCGCGCGCUCGGCUGCAACGGAGAGCGACGACUUCACUACUGGCGUAGCCAAUCGCGCGCCUCUUUUUCUCUUCUUUCUUCCGCGAAUGCGCAUGGGGUUGCGCCGGAUAAGUUCGCCCGUAGCUUGGUUGCGCGCGAGCGCGCGUGCUUUUGCAUCGAUGGUUGAACGUCCGGCCGCCGACCACGAAUGCAAGCGAAAGAUCCAAGCAAAGCUAUGAGCUUUAAGAGGAAGCUUUAGCUCAGACCCGAUGCCCCCUAUUCAAGUACAAGUAAAAAGCAGAAAUUCUCUUCUUAGAUGAUCCCUGGGCCAAUUUUAAUGAUAUUUGUUGAGAUUGAGAGAGCAAAUUAAACGCGCUUUGUUCGCUGCUGCUGCCGCUCUCGCUCACACCGGCGUUUUGACAGUGAGUCUCUGCAUUCAUCGAAUGUGAUGUCUUCAUGUUUGUUUGGGCGCGCUGAGACCAUCCGUGUUAGUUAAUGUAGUAAGCGAAUGUUUUUAAGUUUAUACGACCGAUAAAGCUACUAGCCUUACUUCGUAUUGCUGUAUACUAAUUUGCUAUCGCAGUCGAUGCUUCGCCUUUCGGGCGACACUGCGACUUUUUUCACCUACAAACCUUCUUGAACAGC